AUUUACGGGGUGCACCUGAACGCCUCAACAUUCUGCAUGUGGAAGUCAGCUGCGGUGGCUAAAUGCUAAGCGCAACGAAUCAUUUCUGAAUUAAAAUUAAAACAAAACACCGGGUUUACGACACAAAGAGCUCGGCUUUGAGGGCGAGUCGGUAAUUGUUGAGGCGCUUUCGCAGCACUUCGUCUCACCUGGGGGAACAACGUCGUUCUAUAAAGCAGCGUUAGCUCGUCCCAUUUACCCAUGUCAGUUGAGCUGCUUGCGGCACAAGAUGCGGAGAUGUUCACAACGAGUCUGUCAUCAGAAGAGCAGAGAGAGCUGGCAAGGAAACUCACCACCGUUCUGUCUCAGUACAGACACUUCUCCGAUUCCUACAUCAUUGAGUUCUUCACUGAGGAUCUCUGGCACACAUUACCCAGCACCUGGCAGCCGGUUCUGCAGGACCUCUCGUAUCCACAGAUUGCAGACCUCUUACUGGAUGCUGCGCAUGGAGACAGGAGGUAUCCUACCGUGUGGCCCCUGUCCCUGUUAGCUUUCCGUGCCACCGCUCAUGCUCUGGCGUUUUCCAGAGGGUGCAGGCGGGAGCGAGGCCGGGUAGCCGGCUCGGUCAAACCCAAGGAGUUCCAGGAGAACCAGAGUCAGAGCUCGCUGCUGGGCCACAUCUUCAGGAAGCACGUGAAACCCAAGAAACAGCAUGAGAUCCUCAAGCUGGGCAGGCUAGUAAAAAAACUGUGUGACCAGACUGACUGCAACAGAGUGGUGGAUGUCGGCUCUGGACAGGGUCACCUGACUCGUUUCCUGUCCUUUGGGCUCGGACUGUCUGUGACUGCCAUAGAGGCAGAUCCCACGCUACUCGCCAUGGCAUCCAAGUUUGACAGACAGUUGCUGUGGGCGCUAGAGAAGGAAAAGCAGAAAAAGAACUUUUUGUCUCCAUUUCCAGCAGGGGGGGUUCGGGGUUUACCCAUCCGUCAUGUGGCCGGAUGGGUAAACCCCAAAUCAUCGUGGGAGGCUUUUAUCAAGCAGCUGAGUACAGAAGACUGUUUCAGCGGAAGUCCUCCAACUCCACCCGUACCAAGCAAAAAGAGACUGCGGGGCUCUGAGCAUUGCCAGGGGCGUUUCCAUGAGGCCCAGACCUCACCAUCUCAUCACUCUGAUACCUGCUCACAGGACUUUGAAUCGCCAUCACAACACCAGCUGAAAGAGUCAGAAGAGCAGUCAUCUGCUGAAAGCUGCUGCCCAUGCAUCAAGCCUGUCUGUCAAGAGGGGAAUCACACAAAAGAAAACAGCCUGCGAGGCUAUCCAGACUUCGUCCUGACUGGUCUUCAUGCCUGCGGCGACCUUAGUGCCACCCUCCUCCGCCACUUUGUCAGCUGCCCGCAUGUUCGUGGCAUCACCUCUGUGGCAUGUUGCUACAUGAAAAUCACAACUGAAGAAAACCCCACCCCUCCAGGACUGGUUGAACCUCCCACUCCGCUGACGCUGGGUCACGAAUCAGUUCCUUCAGAGUUUGGCUACCCGAUGAGCUCCUGGGUGCGGGGGUUGUCGGAACAUCAGCUGUCCUAUAAGGCACGGGAGGGUGCGUGUCACGCCGUGGAGGACUACAUACGGAGGCUCAGGGAGGAGAGUGAGCUGCUGAGGAUACACUGUUACCGGGCGAUGCUGGAGAAUUUCAUCAGGGAUACGAGACCGGAUCUACGAAGGGCAGGGAUCCAGACCAUAAAGAAAGCCCACCUAUUGCCAUUUACAGAGUAUGCCCGUAUGGGUCUGGCUCGGGUCGGCCUGCCUCCUGAGUUACCCCUGGACCCAGAGCGGGUGGAGAGCAUGUUGCGGCAGCAGGGCAGGGUGGUGGUGUACUUCAGCCUGGCCCUGCUGCUGGCUCCUGUGGUGGAGACGCUGGUGCUGCUGGACAGGAUAAUCUACCUGCAGGAGAAUGGUGUGGACAGUCAGCUGGUUGCUCUGUUCGACCCAAACUUCUCUCCAAGAAACUUUGUGCUGAUGGCUCUGAAGCCGUGUGAACAGGGAGGACAAAGUCCUCGGUAAAAGCAGGUUGUUCACUCUCCUGCAGAUGUCCAUCUUUUAUUUGGCCACACUGGUAAACAACAGGAGUGUUGCCUUUAAAGUAGACCCUGCUGAACACACUCAGUCAAUCACCAAGGUAACAAACUCCUGAAAGCUCACCCUGCUGUCCAGAUCAUCCAUGAUCUCUGCCACCCUUCUGGAGCCCCAGCUGUCCUGGAAUACGGAAAUAGGGAAAGAAGAGAUUCUUGAAUCCACUCCCUGUCGGUGAGACAGACUGACGAGAAAAUGGCCCAGUUACCUUCACAUAGUGGCUCAGCUCUGUUUGUAUCAGUCUUUUUUUAGCUCCAGAUGAUCCAGCUUGAACUUAUCGCCACCCUGGAGGAGUAGGCCGUAAACACCUCGAUGAGGGUGUCCACGGCCGAUUUCAGGUUGCUCGGUCUUGUGCACAUUUCAGUGCCAAGUGUCUGGAGUGGAAGUCUGCAGAGUGUGAGAUCAGACAGAAUUAUACUAAUAAUAACAUGAAAGCUUUGCUUUUUGAUUGAAAAGAAAGCUGAGGUUUGUUUGAGGGGCCAUGUGACCUACAAUUCACUCUGAGCCUCCCUGAGGUUGUCUAGUUUAUUACUGAUCAGCUACAGUCCCUUUAAAAUACAUUUUAAAAAGUACAUUCAUUUUAUAUUUUCUCGACAAAUAUUUUGAGGGCAGCACAUAGUAGUCCUAACAUUUUUGAAUUGUAUUUAAUUUAAAUAUUGCUUGUAUAUUGCCUGUCUGAAACUCAAAUAAAGAUCUGACAUAGA